AUGGGUUGUGUAUCCAGCAAGAGGAAAGUUGGUUCGACCGACAGUACUUCGACUAUAUUCAAAGUUACAAAUAUAGAUUACAGUGGUAAUGAAAUAAAUCAUKGUCAGAUUGAAAUCACUGACACCGAUUUGAUAAUGCAUUAUACAGGUGAAAAAUCAAGCAUUUUAUGUCCACUGAGCACAAUUAGACGCUACGGAUAUGAGGAUUUUAUGUUUUGCUUCGAGGCUGGUCGUUUGUCUCCCUACGGUCAAGGAAUAUUUGCAUUUAGAAGCAAAGAUGCUGAUAAAAUUUUCAAUACUAUCAAACGGAAACUACAGAUUUCAAAUCAGAAAAACAUGGCUGAAGAUAUGUCUUCUGAAGUGCAUUUCUAUUCUGGCUUAUCACGUCCAAAAACAGAUCAAUAUGAAGAAGAUGUUUAUGAUGAGGUCAGAUUUAGUGGACAAAGAAACCGCGAUGAGUCAAACGAUGAAUCUCCAUACCUUGAGCUAAAUCCUGAAAAUGCAUACUGUGCUAUUUAUGAAAAUAUGCUGAACGUUAACAAAAAUAAUGAUGAGUUGGUGGAUAAUAAUGAUUAUGGUAACUCUUUUGUAUCUCCUAAGGAAGAAGUAACUUAUACUGAAGUUGAAAUUGCUGUUUUUAAACCUAAAAACAGUAAAAAUGAGUUGCCACCACUUCCUCCCAAAAAAGAAAUUCCAGAUUAUACAGUUAUUGAUUUUGUUCGAACAAGUCAAUUAAACAAUAGAAAUUUGUUUAAAUGUACUUCUAAUUCAGGUAUCAAAAGAACUAGACAUGAUUAUGGAGUGAGUACUCCUUAA